AUGAUGUACAACUGGAUGGAGAGGCUCAGCGACGACGCGGAGGUGCCAACACCACGGAGGGUACAACCAUGCCUGUCAGUGGCAUUUGAAUACGUCGAAGCGGAGAACGAAUUCAAUUUCUACAUUAGGAAUGUUACCAAUUACCCGAUGACUCCAACUCUUCACAAAACAGAAUCACGAGCUGUCAUGCAUCUGGUCAAAGGAAUUUCCAGAAAGACUUCAGUCAUGGGAUGGGCAAGAACCAUCACCUGGCAGGACAUAAAAGAAAAGGACCCAUUCACAUAUCAAACCCUAAAUGUUGUUCGGGCAUCGACCACAAUCUACAACGAGUUCUUUACAUGCAAAGUAACACCGCGGGAAUUCAAAAAUACACUUCUGCGAAUUCAAAUUUGUGACAUUGACGAGUACGAUCAGAAUGUAGUUGUCGCUGAAAUGGAUUAUUGGAUCAAUACGCAUAUCAUAUCACAGUUCACUCAAUUUGAGCUACCGUUUCCUCCGUUCACACCGGAUAUAGGUGAAAUCGAGUUGCACAUGACAUAUCUGCCAACUUCUCAACGGUUAAUUGUUCACUACUCAACGGUUACGAAUCUGAAACUGGAUGAGGCAUGUAAAGAAAUCUAUGUACACGGAGUUCUGUUUGUGGGUGGAAGGCAAUUCGAAAGACAUCAAUCGGAAACAAAAAAACGAGCCGAAAAUGCGUGCACCGAUGAUGGCAUGCAUUUCACUCACAAGCUAAUCUUUGAUUUGGAUCGAAAAUAUGUUCCGAAGGCUGAAGUGCUGAUUCACGUGAUGCAAGUUGUGGAAGAAAAAAAACUGGUCGUCGGCCAGGUGACACUUUCAAUGCUCCACUCGGGACAAUGCAAAGAAAUGCUCAAGGCUCUUCGGACGACAAUUUCUCGCGUUCAUCGUUUAACUCCAAGUGCUGGUUGA